AUGGAGUUACUGGUACUGGGAGCAAUGAUGGCUCUGGAAAUGAUGGAUGUGGAAGCAAUGGGUGUAAUAAUAACAGCUCUGGCAACAACGGCUCUGGAAGCAACAAUGGCUCUGGGGGCAGCAAUGGCUCCGGAAGCAACAACGGUUCUGGAGGCAGUAAUGGUUCUGGAAGCAAUGGCUCUGGAGGCAACAAUGAUUCUGGAGGCAGCAAUGGUUCUGGAAGCAACAACGGCUCUGGAGACAACAACGGCUCUGGAAGCAACGGCUCUGGAACGAAUAAUGGUUCUGGAAACGAUGGUUCUGGGAACAACAACGGUUCAGGGAGCAAUGGCUCUGGGGGCAACAACGAUUCUGGAGGUAACAACGAUUCUGGAGGCAGCAAUGGUUCUGGAAAUAAUAAUGGUUCUGGGAACAACAACGGCUCUGGAAGCAACGGCUCUGGAAGCAACGGCUCUGGAAGCAACGGCUCUGGAAGCAACGGCUCUGGAAGCAACGGCUCUGGAAGCAACGGCUCUGGAACCAAUAAUGGUUCUGGAAACAAUAAUGGUUCUGGAAGCAACAAUGGCUCUGGAGGCAGCAAUGGUUCUGGGGGCAGCAAUGGUUCUGGGGGUAGCAAUGGUUCUGGGGGGAGCAAUGGUUCUGGGGGCAGCAAUGGUUCUGGAGGCAGUGGAAGCAGCGGCAGCAACAAUAACGAUAGCAAGAGCUCUUCUUCUUCUUCGAACGGUAAGGAGCCCAACGAAAUUGAUACCGACAGUAGCAGCGGCGACAACAAUGGAAGUACCAACACGGGCAGCGGCUCCAGCAUCUACAUCAACGAAACAGGCAGCAACAACAACAGCUCCACUCCAAGCAAAGACGAUGACAAGGAUGAUGACAAGGAUAAAGAUGAUGAUAGCAAAAGUUCAGACCCUGUGA